GUAAAAAUCUUCACAUCACAUCUCCAUCUAAAUGUGCGAUUUAUAGUAAUUUUUCAUAAAUAGUAUGUACAACAGGACAGUCAAUAUAGCCUGGAAAUACAAUUGUAUCAGCAUGAAUUAAUCAGUCUGAUGGCCUGUUGGAAGAAGCUGACCUGGAACCUGUUGGUCCUGGUUCUGAUGCUACGGUACUGUUUCCAGGAUGGUAGCAGCUGGAGCAGUUUGUGGUUGGGGUGACUCGGGUCCCCAAUGAUCAUUCGGGCCCUUUUUACACAUCUGUCUUUGCAAAUGUCCUGAAUCAUGGGAAGUUCACAUCUACAGAUGCGCUGGGCUGUCCGCACUAUUCUCUGCAGAGUCCUGCGAUUGAGGGAGGUACAGUUCCCAAACCAGGUAGUGACGCACCCAGUCAGGAUGCUCUCAAUUGUGACCCUGUAGAAAGCCUUUAGAAUUUGGGGACCUAUGCCAAACUUCUUCAAUCGUCUGAGAUGAAAGAGACGCUGUUGUGCUUCUUCAAACACAGCCAGUACCUACAGACUACGAGAGAUCCUUGGUGAUGUGGAUGCCGAGGAACUUGGAGCUGUUUACCCUCUCAACCCCAGGUCCAUUGAUGUCAGUAGGGGUUAGCCCGUCUCCGUUCCUCCUGUAAUCCACAACCAGCUCCUUUGUUUUUGUGACAUUGAGGGAGAGGUUGUUUUCUUGACACCACUGUGUCAGGGUGAUGAUUUCUUCUCUGUAGGAUUGCUUGUUAUUGUUUGAGAUAAGGCCAGUCAAUGUAGUAUCGUCAGUAAAUUUAAUUAGCGGAUUGGAGCUAUGGGAGGCGACACAGUCAUUGGUAUACAGAGGGUAAAGGAGGGGGCUUAGUACACAGCCUUGAGGGGCACCUGUGUUGAGGGUCAGAGGGGCAGAGGUAAGGGAGCCCACUCUUACCACUUGCCAGUGAUCUGACAGGAUGCAGCUGCACACGGCAGGAUGAAGUCCGAGCUCUCUGAACUUCUUGUUGAGCCUGGAGGGAACCAUGGUGUUGAAUGCUGAACUGUAGUCCAAGAACAGCAUUCUCACACAAGCAUCCCUCUUCUCAGAUGUGUAAGGACGGUAGUUUCUUUUCCCACUGACGUUGCCUGACUGAAUACCUCCAGCACUUUUUCUGUGCCAUGUCAAAGAAAUGGCAAACUCAAUAGCUAGAUCACUUCAGAAGGCAUUUAGGAGUCAACCAACAAUAGGCAAGUCAGGAGAAACAUACACGCUGAUGCACCAUCAAUAACUCUCACUGAGACGUAGGCGAGAUAUCGGCUUUUAUUGACUGGAAGAAGGAACCAGGAGUGAGUGUCUAUCAUACGAUGUCCUGGAGACUGAGGCCGAGCGUCAGGCCUCAGAUCGCCUUUAUACAGGGGCCUGUGGGAGGAGCCACAGGAGGUCAGCAGGGGGCAUGUCCAGACAGGCACAUAGUUCACCACAUUCGCCAACCAGGGAUGAAGAGAUAAUGUCCUCCACUGAAGGGGUUGGUGAACCGACUAAGGCAAUCUUCACCUCAGAGUGUAAGGCAGAUUAAUCGAAAUAUACACGAAUAGUCUUCAGUUUAAAAUUAGCAAGCUCUAAUGACACCUUCACAACUUGUCCCUACUGCUGAGACACCGGGCUUCCUGGUAGUUGAUGUAUUCUGGGGGUUAAGUACAUGUAAGUGAACCAAUUUUGCGGAAAAAGUGUAAAUGGGACUAGAGUUCUUGAUGUCCUGCCAAAGCAUACGAUCCAAUCAAUGAUUGCAGUGGGAUUUUACUCUCAAUUUUGGGCCACAAACUAACUGCACUGGACACGAUCUAGACGGUAGUUUUCUGCACUAUCCGCAGCUUCUUACUUCAUCCCUCUCACUUGAACUCUGCUCGCUGUCCUCGACCACCGCCGACCCCCUUAUUCCGGCUUCUGCCCCUUCUUGAACGCUGCUUUCCUGCGGAGGUGUUGGUGCGCUCCCAGUUCCCGUGACGAAUCUGCUGCUGGACGGACUCGGCGAGGUCGGGCGGCUUCUGAUGAAGGGAGAAGACAGCCCGAAGGACAGCGGUAAAUUAGGGCCAUGGCUCUGCACUCGCGGUUCCUCGUCCGCUCAGCGAUUCAGCGCCUCGCAAGCCGGCUUCUGCUGAAGAGGGGUUUGAAUGCGCACAUCACGGAUGCUCUGCGAGCAGUAGCGGGAGCUGACAAUGUUUCUACGUCAACUGGAGUGCGGGAGCAGCAUGGAAAAGAUGAGUCGUACUACCAAUGCAAACCCCCCGAUGUUGUGGUGUGGCCACAGAACGUCGAGCAGGUCAGCAAACUGGCUGCAAUCUGUUAUGCAAACAGUCUUCCCAUCAUCCCGUACGGAACGGGCACAGGAAUGGAAGGAGGCGUGGUUGCCCUGAGGGGGGGCGUGUGCUUUAACCUCACAAAGAUGAAUAAAAUCUUGGAGUUAAAUACAGUUGACUUUGAUGUCACAGUGGAGCCUGGAGUUUACAGAAAAACCCUGAAUAAUUACCUUCGCGACUAUGGUCUGUGGUUUCCAGUUGAUCCCGGGGCAGAUGCCUCCCUGUGCGGAAUGGCUGCCACUAGAGCCUCGGGUACUAAUGCAGUGAAGUAUGGCACAAUGAAGGAGAACGUGAUAAACUUGGAGGUAGUGCUGGCAGAUGGCAAGAUUCUGUACACAGCAGGACCAAAAAGGAGGUUCAGGAAGAGCGCCGCUGGUUACAAUCUGACAAAUCUCUUCGUUGGGUCAGAAGGAACGCUGGGAAUAAUCACCAAGGCGAUUCUGCGUCUCCAUGGAAUGCCGGAAAGCAUUCUAUCUGCAGUCUGUACGUUCCCAACAGUGCAAGCAGCUGUGGAUUGCACGGUGCAAAUACUGCAGUAUGGCAUCCCUAUAGCACGGAUAGAGUUCCUGGACGAUGUGAUGAUGGACAUGUGUAACAAGCACAGCAACCUGAAUUACGCAGUAUCUUCAACAUUAUUCCUGGAGUUCCAUGGCACAGAGAAAAGCUUGGUGGAGCAGAUUGAGGCAACAGCUGAAAUAGUGAAGGGCAACAAGGGCUCUGAUUACAUUUGGGCGAAAAACCAAGAAGCCCGGGAUAAACUAUGGCAUGCACGGCACAACGCAUUUUACGCUGUUCGUGCCUUCUGCCCUGGCUCUCUGAUUUAUUCCACAGAUGUGUGUGUUCCACUCUCAAAGCUAUCAGAAAUCAUUGUGGCAACUAAAGACGACUUGAUAGAGUCAAAGCUUACAGGAUCUAUAGUAGGCCACAUAGGAGAUGGCAACUUCCACUGCUUGCUGUCGAUAGACCCAGAGGACAAGGAUGAGAAGAGAAGGAUGAAAGAGUUUGUUGACAGAUUGGGCAGGAGAGCCCUGGCUUUGCAUGGCACCUGUACUGGAGAACACGGUAUAGGCCUGGGUAAACAGCAACUCCUUACAGAAGAAAUUGGUGCUGUUGGUAUGCAGGUGAUGAGAGAAAUUAAGGCAGUGUUGGAUCCAAAACACAUUAUGAAUCCUGGCAAAAUCCUACAGAGCAUUUGAGAGGGAAUUCCUUCUCACUGCAAGUACUCUGCUUCCUAAUACUCAUAGUUAGAAUGUUAUCAGGAUCCUACACAAAUUAUAGAUAAAGUUCCUCCAGUUUAUGCUUGAAUAAUGUAUCAGCUGAUUUGAUGAGAGAUGAAACAUUGCUUUCAGAUUGUUAGCUUGCUGGAUAUAAGGCAUGAACUACGAUUAAAAUUACAGCUAAAUCAUAAAAGAGUAUGUCUGAUCAAAUUAUGCUAAGACGUCCUAAAUAAAUUAGUGUUCUGAAAAAGAAAAUAUGCAUGUUUUUAUUGCCAAAUGCAAUUUUCCUUUUUAGUUUACUAUUUCCAACAA